GCAAGAUCCCAUCCUGUCUUUUUGAAGUUUCCCAGGCAGAGUAACUUUCAACUCCUUCCUACGGAAUCCCAUUCAGAUCCUUUUAUUGUAUCUAUUUCCCGCCUCAUCAUCAAUUUUCCUUUAUUAUCCCAUUGUCGUUUUAUUGCCAUAAAUGGCGUCUGAAUCAUCUAAGGUUGUCCCUCUGACUUGCCAUGGACAUUCUCGCCCUGUUACCCACCUAAGCUUUUCUUCCCUGGUGGAGGACGGUCAAUACUACCUGAUUUCAGCAUGUAAAGAUAAUAAUCCGAUGCUCAGAGAUGGAGUAACUGGGGACUGGAUUGGCACAUUCAUGGGCCAUAAAGGCGCAGUAUGGCAGGCUCGCCUUUCGUCGGACGCGACAAUAGCAGCGACUGCUGCUGCUGAUUUCUCUGCGAAAGUUUGGGAUACGCACACAGGAGAGUGCUUGCACACUCUCCAACAUGGCCAUAUCGUUCGUGCCGUCGCAUUCCCUAUGCAGGCUAACCCUCAAAUACUCGCAACUGGCGGAAUGGAGAAGAAGCUUCGCAUUUUCGAUCUUUCGCAAAGCGGAACGAGCAGCUCUCCAUCUCCAACUUCACCGUACGGGCCAACUGGAGGCAGUGGAGUGAAUGGUGGUGGAUCGGCAUCAACACCCAUGACAAGCUUCGAAAUCGGCCCAGGGGUACAUGGAGGUACUAUAAAAUCCAUCAUCUGGAACCAAGAUCACAACAUUAUCACAACGGCCUGUGAAGAUCGAAAAAUCAGAUGGUGGGAUCUCCGUUCUCGUCUUCCUUUCGUGGAGCACACUGUCGAUGGUACGAUUGGGAGCUGCGAGCUGAACGCGCUCUCCACCUCGCCUAACGACCCAGGGAUCUUAAGUGUCGCUGCGGGGAAAUCUGCCUACUUCUUUGAAGGGACUAGUCCUGGCCGUUUGUAUAGAAAAGUGGACUUUAAAUAUGAAGUUGCAAGUGUUGCUGUGAAUAAUCAAACUGGAAGGUUUGUGACGGGAUCCGUGGGAGACACAUGGGCGCGGGUGUACGAUUUGGAAACCAACGAGGAGCUUGAAGUACAGAAAGGUCAUCAUGGACCAAUAUGGUCCAUAAGCUACUCUCCAGAUGGGAAGCUGUAUGGCACAGGCAGCGAGGAUGGGACCAUCAAAUUAUGGAAGGCCUGCCGGGAGCCUUACGGACUAUGGAGAUAGACAAAAAUGCAGCAUACGCAGAAACGAAAAUGGGUGCAUAGUAAGCAAGCAAGCAAAGCUAUCAGAGACAGGCAUCGAGUUGGUCAUUUUCCUUUCUUCCCGCAUGGCUAAACACGGAAAGAAGAAGAGAAAUGUUAUUUAAUAUGACUAGAUAUAGUUUUGCUACGAAAGGACAGAAACGUUCCAAAUAAUAUUUAUCUUAGGGACUCAUCUACGCGCGCUGCUAUGUGGAUGUAGAUGUGUAUCUGAGGCGAUG